UUAAUCUAGUUUGUAGACUGGUGGGGCGCCGUGACAGCUGAUGGUGGCUGACGUGCAGGUUUGUGCAUUUCAAGGCGUGGGUGCACUGGGAACGUCCAGCUGCAUACUUGAAACAUAUUGUUGGAGUAGUCUGUUCUAUCUUCUUCCAGACUCUUACACCUCAGCACAAUGCACGUGUGUUUGGUGGGAAUGGUUGCCCUAGUGGGCGUGGCCUAUGGUGUGGUGGUACUGAAAGAGGCAUCCUAUCUGAGACUCCCCGACCGUAACGGCCAGUACGUCGUCGACAGCAGAACAGCCAGGGAGAGCGCCUAUGAUGAUGUCAGGAGUUACCUCUAUGUUGUUGGUCGUGACACGGCUAUGUUGCACGUCAUCUCCCUCGCUGACCCCGCCAACCCGCAGGAAGUCUACGCAUACAAUUUCGACAUCGCCGCCGACGGCCGUCCACUGGAUGUGGAGCUGUGUCGGGCGGCGGGGGUUACACCCACACUGGCUGUCACCUUUGACGGCCAAGAUUCUGUGGCUUAUGAGGGACAUCUGGUUCUUUACAAUCUGUUUGAGAGCAGCUCCGAUACACUUACUCCCCUCAACCCAACAGAUCCCAGGAUUAUCGUGGGAGCCCAUCCUGACAAUAUGAAGUUCACCAGCGACUGUCGUCGUCUGGUCGUAUCUAACGAGGGGGAGCCCCGGGUCGUCGAUGGCACCUUCUUUGACCCCGAGGGGACAGUUUCUGUGCUUACAUUCUCCCCAACGCCUGGCGCUAUACCAACAGUCGCAACCAUCGACUUCAGAAAAUUCGACGACCAGAGUGAACUUGUCCCGAUACUUGAUAGGGGCGUCCGCUACUGGCUUCGCCGUGACCCUACUGACGCUAGCAACAUCAUCCAGUUCUCCCAGAACGUGGAGCCGGAAUAUGUGGCCAUCUCACCCAGCAAUGGGUUCGCUUACAUUACCCUACAGGAAAAUAAUGCUAUCGCGAGGAUCGACCUGGAGAACUCGGUAAUCACCAGCCUUUACCCAAUGGGUAACAAGUCCUGGGAAUUCCUCUCCUUGGACGCAAGCGACAGCGACAACGGUAUCGCGAUGGCAUCGAGGAGAAUCCGCAGCUUGUACCAGCCCGACAAAGUCGCCUUCUUCACAUGGGGGGAUGAUAUACCUUACCUGCUGACAAUUGACGAGGGGAAACCAACCACCAUCCCCGGGGUCAACUUCCAAGACUACGCCAGAGCGGCAUCACUGAAUUGGAAUAUUGACGACGCCGCCCUGGGCUCCGAGUUGACCAAUAACGCAGAACUAGGUCGCCUGUACGUCUCUAACGUUGACGGGUUUGAUAACACGCCGAACGUUCCCUAUGCUUUCGGUGGACGUGGGUUCUCAAUCUGGAACACACAGUCGAUGGAGCGAACCUGGGAGAGCGGUGACGAGCUGGAGAGGUACAGUCGCCAGCACUUCCCAAAUACAUACAAUGGUAACUGCGCCGCCUUUUUGGAAACCCCCGUGCAAGAGAUGGACGCCAGAUCACCAUGGAUGGGCCCGGAACCCAAUUCAGUUGCUAUUGGCGACUUCAAUGGGCGUACAGUGUUGGUGAUAGGAAGCGGCAGGAACGGUAUGCUGUAUGUAUAUACGUUGCAGCCUAAUGUGAACACCCCCACCCCAGAGUUCCAGAGUGUGCACAGAGCCGGGGAAAUAGAUGCAACCUGGACAAAUCUGUACACCAGGGAGGACAUGGGAGAUGCCAUUAUAUCUGACAUCAAGUUCUCGAGUACCGGAACUCCAAAGGUGAUCGUGACAUCUGAGGCCAGUGGCAGCGUGUCUGUCUAUACCCUUGCUGACGAAACAUGGCCAGCAACAAAGUUGUAAAUCCUCAUUGUACAACCUUUACAAUAAACAUAUCAUCAGA